GCAGGCUCAGCCCGCCCAGUGCCGCGCUCCGGGGCCCAGCGCGCCGCACACGCACCCACCCACCCACCCACCCACGCAGCGGCCAUGGGCAAGGACAAGCAGCCCCGCGGCCAGCACAGGCAGGGGGGGCCGGCCGCGGACGCCGCCGGGCCCGACGACAUGGGGCCGAAGACGGGCAAAGGGGCCCCCAAGGAGUGCGGGGAGGAGGAGGCCCGGACGUGCUGCGGCUGCCGGUUCCCGCUGCUGCUCGCGCUGCUGCAGCUGGCCCUGGGCAUCGCCGUGACCGUGGUGGGCUUUCUCAUGGCUAGCAUCAGCUCCUCCCUGCUAGUCAGAGACACUCCAUUUUGGGCUGGGAUCAUUGUCUGCUUAGUGGCCUAUCUUGGUUUGUUUAUGCUUUGUGUCUCAUAUCAAGUUGACGAACGGACAUGUAUCCAGUUUGCUAUGAAACUCUUGUAUUUCCUGCUGAGUGCCGGGGGCUUGACGGUCUGCGUGCUGGCCGUGGCCUUUGCCGCCCACCACUAUUCGCAGCUCACCCAGUUUUCCUGCGGGUGGGCUCUCGACGCCUGCCACUGCAAGCUGCCCUCCGUGGAGCCCCUCAGCCGGACCUUUGUGUACAGGGAUGUGACCGACUGUACCAGCAUCACAGGCACGUUCAAACUGUUCUUACUCAUCCAGAUGAUUCUUAACUCGCUCUGCGGACUCUUGUGCUUGCUGGCCUGCUUCGUGAUGUGGAAACACAGGUACCAGGUUUUUUACGUCGGUGUCAGAAUGUGCUCCCUCACGGCUUCCGAAGGCCGGCAGCAAAAGGUCUAGCAUUCUUGCUUGCAGGUGGGAGAAGAAUCAGCCCAGUGACUAGCUGAGGUCAAAAAAGAGAAAAAGGAGGAAGAGAGAGAGGAAGAGA